AUGAGCCCCCUGAGUUGGGGAGGGCCCCGUGCCCUGCCGCUGCCACUGCCGCUGCUGCUGCUGUUGCUGAUGCCAGGCUGGGCCGCCCCCACCUUCAUCAGCGUUAACCGCGGGGUCAGGGUGAUGAAGGGCCACUCUGCCUACCUGCUGGGGGAUGACUUGAAAUUUGCCAUCCCCAAAGAGAAAGAUGCUUGCAAAGUAGAAGUUGUCAUGAACGAGCCAAUGACCCAGAGAGUUGGGAAACUCACUCCACAGGUCUUUGACUGCCAUUUCCUUCCUAAUGAAGUACAGUAUAUUCACAAUGGUUGCCCGAUUCUUGAUGAAGACACAGUGAAGCUUAGACUUUACAGAUUUACUCAGACGGAUACCUUCACAGAGACCUUUAUCCUGCGGGUCUAUCUCCUGGAACCAGACUGUAACAUCAUCCGUAUGAGUAACAAUGUGCUGGAGGUAUCCGAAUUCUAUGGACUGUCCCGAGCCAUUGAUAAGAAUGUGCUCAGAUUUGAUUACGAGGGGGCGGCCGGCCUGGAGUGCACCGUCAGGCUGGACCCUGCAGGAAGCCGGCUGCCGGCCCACGGUCAGGUGGUCCUCCUGGAGCCUCGGCCAGAAAAACCUCGUGGAGAUCAGCCGCAUAGUUUCUUCCCUGAAUCUCGUACUGACUGUCUUCAUUCCGUGCUGUACAUUCUAGAACUGGGAACAGAGCUCAAGUGCCCAGGUGGGAGCUGCAGCCUGGGCCUGAAGAAAAUAGGACAUGUCCGCGUGAGCUGUGAGGAGUUCCUGCGGAUGGGGCUUCGAUAUCAGCACACGAAUCCCCCUUCUCCCAACAUCGAUUACAUCUCCAUCCAGCUGGACCUCACAGAUGGCCGGAGUAAAAUCGUAUACAAGUCAGAGAGUGCGUGGUUGCCCGUCUAUAUCAGAGCUGGCAUUCCUAAUCAGAUCCCAAGGGCUGCAUUCAUGGCCAUGUUUAUUCUGGAAGUGGAUCAGUUCAUCCUGACCUCGUUGACCACAUCCGUUCUGGACUGUGAAGAGGAUGAGACUCCCAAGCCCUUGCUGGUGUUCAACAUUACUAAGGCCCCGCGCCAGGGCUACGUGACUCACCUGUGGGAUCACACCAGACCGGUCUCCUCGUUCACCUGGAAAGAUCUAAGUGACAUGCAGAUAGCCUAUCAGCCACCAAACAGCAGCCAUUCUGUGAGGAGACAUUACGAGGUGGAGGUGGAGGCUUAUGACUUCUUCUUUGAAAGGAGCGCACCCAUUACAGUUCACAUCUCCAUCAGAGCAGCGGACACGAAUGCCCCGAGAGUGUCCUGGAACACAGGAAAUAAGCCCAAAGGACACCUUUCAACUGAAUAA